AUGCCUUUCGCCACUCAGCCGCUCAAACCCCAGAAACCUCCGAGACCAGUAGAAGCCGGAAUGCCUGAACUGGUCGAUCCUACAGGGCCUCGAUCCCCAGUUUAUACUUCCUGGAAGCAGCAUGAAUCGGUUGGAAUUGACCUCUCACAAGUUCCCAGGGCUGCUUCAACCCACGAUAUCUACGAUGCCUUCCAAAAGGAGGGCACCAUCGUGAAAAUUGACCUUUACGAGACCUCCGAUGGCCGCACAACUACCAGAGCAUUUAUGCGUUUUAGCCCGCCCCCUGAGCGUGAUUUCUGGUCCGAUGGCUGCUACGAGGUGCCCCUCCGCAACGGCCCUGUGGUGUUAAUCGGACUGAGCUUGAAUCAUUUUUCAGAUGGCGAGACUGUUCCCAGCCCAGUCCGCUCGCAGAUUCAUCUUCCCGCUCAGAAAGAACUCAUGACUACCAAAGUGGGCAUUGGCGUUCUUGUUGAUGCUAGGGCUUUUCAUACCAUGCACAACUUUGACCAGACUUCUGGGCCCAGGUUUGUCGUUGAUGUCCUGCGCAGAUGCCUUUAUGUCUACUUUAAAAUAGGCAUUCGCUCAAAGGCCGGCGAAAUGUCCCUACACGACUAUCGAGUCAGAAUUACCUUCCUCCAAUUAUCUCAAAUCUUUGAGCAGUACGAUACUACUACGGAACUAACAUCCUUUCUGAUAAUCCUGGAUUCCUCACCUACCUUUCACCGAAGAUUGAAAAAUAUCGCAUUGUCUUUUACAGAGCAGAGGUACUGGAGAGAGGAGGAUGUCUGGUAUCGCCAGACAUCUGUGCGUCGCAACCCACACGUCAUCGAGACUUCCAGCAACAACCUCAAAAAGUCAGGGCAUAUCAUUGAUACGGGACGAUGGAAUGUGUUCAAGAUCACGUUUGCAUCUGAACUGAAACAAGACGGCCAAGCCUUGAAUCUGACUCGAGCCAUGUUGAAAGACUACAAUAUCUCGAUAGAAGAAGGGCACCACCUAAGCGAGAGAAGGACCCGGCCGCUACCAGUGUGGCACUGGAUCGAUCACGUUGGUCCUCAAUCGAGCAAGGCAUCCUUGUUUCUGUUACAGGACAUGGAGAAUGACAACUACGUGCACCUUCACAUGCAUGUUCGGUACCAGCUUGAAGUCUGCAUGUCUCAUGGAUACCUGUCCGAGUUCACAAUGACUCGCGAGUUUGUUGAAACCUUGAGCAACAUGAAAACAGCCGAGGCUCAAAGACUGCUGGAGCACGUUGCAACACAGAAGAAGAAAUACUUUGAUCCGAUGGAAAUAUUCGAUCUGAAGGCCUCAAAAGGUACAGCCGAUACGAAAAUCCCGGAUUAUUGUUCCUUCAUGCGCACCGCACGAGUCACUCCAACUACCAUCUACUACAACACUCCAUCUGUGGACGCCUCUAAUCGCAUCGUACGCAAGUACUCUGAAGUGGCUGAUCAUUUCCUUCGUGUACGGUUCACGGAUGAGAAGACAGAAGGUCGCAUCAACUCUUCGAUGAAUGAUAACAACAAUGAGGUCUUCUCCAAUGUCAAGCGGACAUUGUCAAAUGGCAUCACCAUUGGAGACCGACACUAUGAGUUCCUCGCGUUUGGAAAUUCUCAGUUCCGAGAACAUGGCGCUUAUUUCUUUGCCAAGGGUGGACCCAUCACAGCGGCCUCAAUCCGAGCCUGGAUGGGUCAAUUCAGUCACAUUCGAAAUGUGGCCAAGUAUGCGGCAAGACUAGGGCAGUGUUUCUCGACCACCCGUGCCUUUUCCAGCACCAAUGUCGAUGUUGCUCGGUGCGAAGAUAUUGUUCGCAAUGGUUAUUUAUUCUCCGAUGGCGUUGGAAAGAUAUCCAAGUUCCUUGCGCAAAUGGCCAAAAACGAACUCAACAUCAAGACCCCAACUCAACACCUUCCAUCUGCCUUCCAAUUUCGUCUCGGAGGCUCCAAGGGAAUGCUUGUCCUUUCACCUGACCCACGCCCGCGGGAAGUGCAUAUCCGUCCCAGUCAAUACAAGUUCAGCGCCGAGUCCAAUGGAUUGGAGAUCAUUCGCUGGUCCCAAUUUUCGUUUGCAGCUCUGAACCGCCAGAUUAUCAUCGUUCUUUCGGCCCUGGGAAUCACAGACAGAGCUUUAUUGAGCAAGCUCGAUUCUAUGUUGAGCAGCUUUAAUGAUGCCAUGAAAGACGAUCAGAAGGCAAACGACCUGCUUCAAAAGUGGAUCGACCCAAAUCAAAUGACUCUCACAAUCGCCCAGAUGAUUACAGACGGUUUCAGACAAGCCAACGAGCCAUACGUUUGUACCCUUCUUGAGCUAUGGCGAGCCUGGCAUUUGAAGCAUCUCAAGGAGAAGGCAAAGAUCACUGUUGAGCAAGGAGCUAACCUACUCGGCUGCCUUGACGAGGUCGGUGUCCUGAAGGGCUAUUUCGAAGACCAAAUGCCCAAAGAAGAUGCGCCACUGGAAGAAAAACUGGCAGCUCUUCCUGAGAUCUUUGUGCAAAUCUGCCGCUGUGAAAGGCAGGAUGACAAAGAUGCCAAGUAUGAAAUCAUCCAAGGUGUCUGCAUCUUGGCUCGCAAUCCCUCCCUCCACCCUGGAGAUAUCCGUGUAGUCCGAGCAGUGAAUCGUCCUGAGCUGGAAGACUAUCGUGAUGUGGUUGUCCUUCCCCAAACUGGCGAUCGUGAUAUUGCAAGCAUGUGCUCUGGAGGUGACCUGGAUGGCGAUGACUACCUUGUCAUUUGGGAUCCGGAUUUGAUUCCAGCUCAAUGGUUCACAAAUCCUAUAGAUUACGCCAGCAGAAGAGUCCCAGAUCUAUUCCACGACGUGACGGUUGAUGCAAUCACUUCCUUCUUUGUCGUUUACAUGAAAAAUGACUGUCUGCCAAAAAUUGCACAUGCCCACUUGGCAUUGGCUGAUUGGCUUCCAAAGGGCGUUAUGGAAAUGAAAUGCCUGCGCCUGGCUCAACUCCAUUCAGAUGCCGUCGACUUUAACAAGACAGGGGCUGUUGCAGUCAUGACGAAAGACUUGAGGCCCACUAAGUGGCCACAUUUCAUGGAAAAGAGACAUGUUCCGCUUUCACGGACCUACAGGUCCAAGAAGAUCCUCGGCCAGCUGUAUGACGCAGUAAACGUCCCUGCCUUUCUUCCCAAUCUUGAGAAGCCUUUUGAUGCUCGGAUCUUGACGUCCCCACAGCUCGAAGCGAGUGAGGAAUACAUGGUCUUCGCCAAAGAGCUGAAAGAGGAGUAUGAUAUGGCAAUGCGACAGAUCAUGGCACAAUACGAGAUUGAAACCGAGUUCGAAAUUGUCUCGGGGUUUACUCUUCAUCAUUGCUUCCCGGGCAAGGACUACAAGAUGCAAGAAGACAUGGGUCGGAUCUCAGGGACGCUUCGUGGAGGGUUUCGCCAUCAGUGCUACGACGAAGUCGAAAGAACCGAGGGCAACAUUGCUGCGUUGGUGCUCGCCAUGUACCGUGUGACUGAUGAAGAAAUGACUGCAGCAUUUACGGCUCAUCGGCAAGAGGAGAUGUUGAGAGAAGACCUUUCAAACCUCGAUGUGCCCAGAACCAAGCUCCCACUCAUCAGUUUCCCCUGGAUUUUCCCCGAAGUCCUUGGCAAUCUUGCAAAGAGCAAGAUCAGGGAGCCUGCAGGGCCAGAAGAAGUUGCUGCUGAUGACCUUCCUGACGAGCCUAAAGGCUAUGUCAUAUUCACUGCCACGGAAGCACAAAUAGCCACCCAGCCUCUGAGUGGCGGGAAGGUUCUGGACACGGUGGAAUCUCCUGAGCUUACUGCAUCUGCGCGAUCCCCAAGUCCUUCGGGCUAUUGGGAGCCACUGGAUGAGCUUUUUGACGAAGAAAUAAACGGCAUUGAAUAUUUCAGAAUGGAGUCACCUUUCGAUGAGGCCAUUACGGGCAGCCUUAGGAACUGCCGGUUUGAUUGUGACAACGAGAAUCGCGUUCAUGGAGGCACGGGAUCAUUGCGCUCAAUGGGCUCUUGGUAUGAACUGGUUCAGCGACGUGACGAGUUUUCCGCGGGCGAUGAAGAACGUGACGAGGGUGUUUGCUUGAAGGAACCCGUCGAGAUUGAUAUGGUGGAAGAUGCUGGGGUGAGGAGUAAUUUCAAGCGUAAUCCGCUUGAUGAGCUGCUUGAUAUGCUUGGCUAA